AAGCAACUUCCCAAUUUAAACGAACCAUAGAAAUUUGAUCAGGUGACAUCCUAUCAAUUAAUAAGCUUGAGUCAUGGCGGACUCCAAUCAUCGUUACUCAACAGCCAUAAGUAUUGAAGAUCCGAAUGUAGAGGGGGAAUCUGGUAAUGAAGGUGGAGCAGCCAAAAAGGGAAUUUCAAAGUGGGAGACAGUAUUUGCGGUAUCAUGUACACUUGCUGUCUUCCUUGAUCCCUUGUACCCUUACAUUCCUGUCAUGAUGGGGGAUAACAUGUGCUACUAUUGGGACCUAAACUUGAUGUGGGAAUUUUUUGGCUUACGAUCAGCCCUAGAUCUCUUUUAUGCAAUGGACAUAGUCAUCUUCUGGCUUCAGCAGAAUGGUAAUAAUGCUAAGGCAUCUGGGGCACCCUCAAAAAAAUGGGGAACAACAGUUAAGGGAACCAUCCGUAAGCUGUUACCCUUUCUACCUCGUGCGUAUGUUGCUCUUCCCUUUCCGCAGGUAAUAAUUAUUGCUGGACGAUAUUCAAGCUUUAAUAGUUUUUUUCUUCUAAUGUUCUUCAUUCCGGCCCAAUAUAUACUACGGGUUUAUCGCACGUACGGACUUCUCAAGCAAUGUCCUGACAUGGAAACCGGAAUAGGAAGAUGGCUUAAAGCAAUAUUGGAUUUUCUUCCCUUCGUGCUUGCUGCUCAUCUAUUCGGAGCCUUGUGGUACAAUCUUUCUCUUCAACGAGAGCUGGAUUGUUGGAUGCUUGCCUGUCGAGAUAAAAGGGUGAGAUGUGAUAUUUCUGAAACAAAUUAUUAUUUCUACUGUGGUACCGCCCCUGACAUCGCCAAGAAUCUCAAUACCACGCAUAUAAUCGCAUCAUGCCCUAUAAAUCCACCAGAUCCAACCAUCUUCGAUUUUGGUAUAUUCCUCUACGGUAUUCAGUCUAACAUGACAAGGUCAACGGAUCUUCCACCAAAGUUGUUUCAAUGUUUUUGGUGGGGGUUACGAAAUCUGAGUUCUAUUGGUUCAAACCUCCAGACCAGUAUCUAUAUGGUGGAAAUCUGUUUUACGGUUUUGGUAUCUAUAAGUGGCAUAGUCCUAUUCUUAAUAUAUCUCAAUACGAGGGUACAGAUGUCACAACAAAGAUCAGGUCAGCUUAAAUUGAGACAGAAGAUGCAGAUGAUGAAUCUGAAUCUAGAUGUAGAUUUAUGGUUGUAUAAAAACGGCCUUUAUGAUAAGAAUUUGAAGAUGGUCAUCAUGAAAAACUUACACCAAAAACUUGAAGAAAACAAAGAAGUUGAUGUGGAGAAUAUUCUCUCUCUUGUUCCUAUUAUACACCAAAGACGUAUUAUGUGGCUUCUCAGCUUGAAUUUACUAAAAAAAGUCCCAAUGCUGGAAAAUAUGAAUGAAAGCGUGUUGAAAGCAUUCUGUGAGCAUCUUAAGUUGGUGAAGUAUAGCGAAGACAAGUAUAUUGUUCGAGAGGGAGAACCACUUGAUAAGAUGCUCUUCAUCACCCAAGGUACGGCAUGGUCAUACCCAACCAAUGCAAGUGGUUCCUCAGCGAUCAAGCGUCUUAUGAAAGGUGACUUCUACGGAGAAGAGCUUCUAAAUUGGGCAUCAAAAUUGAGCUCUUUUUCUGAAUUUCCCAACUCAACCAGAAUUGUCAAGGCCCAUACGAAAGUUGAAGCAUUUGCCAUCAGAGCCAACAACUUGAACAUUGUUGUCUCCAAAUUUUGGUGGCAUUUUAGAAAGAGGCUCGAUCACAUAGAGGACUCUCAGUUGGAGAGGUGGCAAAGUUUGGCAGCUUCUUCCAUACAAGCAAAAUGGCGCCGCCGCAUGCAAGGCCGAGCUAGGGGCGUAGGCUGGGAUAACUUUAAAAUAUAUUAGCCUAAAAAGUAUCUUAUGUUGUAUCAACGUCAAAAACACAAAU